UUAAAUCAAAAUUUUCCCCAGGUUAGAGACAAGAAUGGCCAAGUGUUUGAGCUUCAGUGCCUUGGGAAAUUCCUGCUAUCGCUGCUCCUUCAAUAAGGCGGGCCUCAAAUCCUUCACCACCGAUCUCGGUGAUGGCACCCACAUGCACUGCUGGGUCCCCAAAACUCAUGUCCAAUCCAAGCCUACGCUGCUCUUGAUCCACGGCUUUGGUGCCAAUGCAAUGUGGCAAUUCAACUACUUCAUCCCUCUCUUGAAGUCCAAAUUCAAUAUCUACGUCCCGGACCUCCUUUUCUUCGGCGAUUCCUACACGACCCGACCCGAAAGGACCGAGGAAUUUCAGGCCCAGUGUGUCAUGGCUGUUAUGGAUGCGCUUAAUGUUGCCAAGAUGGAUGUCAUGGGGCUGAGUUAUGGUGGUUUCGUGGCGUACAGCAUGGCGGCUCAGUUUAAGGAGCGGGUGGGGCGAGUGGUGCUGGGGUGCGCUGGAGUGAGCUUAGAAGAGAAGGACAUGGAGGAAGGGUUGUCUCAGAUGAGCAGUGUGGAUGAGGCCGUUAGUAUUUUGUUGCCUCAGACUCCCGAGAAAGCUAGAGAGUUGAUGCGAUUGACGUUUCACAAACCUCCACAGACCCUUCCUACUUGCGUUCUAAAUGAUUAUAUUGAGGUGAUGUGCACAGAAUAUCGUCAAGAGAAGAAAGAACUGAUUCAGGCAUUGGGCAAGGAUAGAAAACUGUCUAAUCUUCCAAAGAUAACCCAGCCUACGCUACUAGUCUGGGGAGAAUAUGACCAGCUCUUCCCUCUGGAAUUGGCACAUAGAUUAAAAAGCCAUAUUGGUGAAAACGCAGAAUUAGUUAUAAUGAAAAAUGUGGGGCAUGCACUUAAUGCAGAGAAGCCUAAAGAGCUGUGCAAGCACAUGAAGUCUUUUCUCAUUCACACCCUACCUCCUACUAAGCAAUGAAAUGAUCGCAAAGCAGAUUGAAAUGUCUGGUAACAGGGCUGAAACCCUGCUUUGAUGAUUCGCAGUGAGCAGAUUGCCUGCUGCCACUACUAUAUACAAUAGAAGGUUGCAUUGCAUAUAGAUAUUUUGAGUAGCUUAGCACUAUAUACACACUUUAGUAACUUGCUACUGCAAGCUUGUUAAAGAUCCAAUUAAAGAUUUAAUUGAUAUUAUGUUGCUGGUGGAUUUGCAUUUAAAUUACUUAAUAAUAAAAAUUUGUCCUGAGAUAUUUCUUCUUCUUUAA